CGAGAAACGUGAAGUUUCUUAAACAGAAAUAUUUUCUUAAAUGAAGGCUGAAAUAUAAUACAUCAGGAAAGUAUAAUUGAAUGUCCGAUACAAGCUUAAAGUAUGAGUACGAAUAUUGCUUGCACUUCAAUAUCAAUUCCCUAAAUGUGACAGGUGCUAAAGACUAUGUCGUUUUUGUUGGCCUGUGUCACGGGUUGGUGAAGCGCAAAGAUUAUCAACUGGUGGGCAAUUAGGUAGCGCGUACGCCAAAGGUCGAGUGCAAAAACAGAGAACAGUUGAGGUAGUAAAAUGUGUGAAUUUGGCAGGUUGACGCGCUGCAUCGUUGGGUCCGUGGUCAUUGUCAUUAGCCUAACCUGGGCCCAGUCGGGAGAGCGUAAGAAAUGGACAACGCUGGAUUGGCUGCAGCAGCUGAACUACAGCCACGAGCUGCACAAUGUGACCAGCUCCGAUGGCUACCAGCUGCAGCUACAGCGAAUGCCGCGCGUUGGUGCACGACCCGUGCUGCUGGUACAUGGACUGCUGGGCUCCUCCCUGGGUUGGCUGUGCCUGGGACCCGGCAAGAGUUUGGCCUUUCAACUGCAUCAGCGCAACUACGAUGUGUGGCUGGCGAAUCUGCGUGGCGCCUCGCCCUAUGGCAGGCAUCACCUCGAGCUGACCGAUGUCAUGCCAGAGUUUUGGCGCUAUAGCUUUCACGAGCACGGCGCCUACGAUUUGCCUGCCAUAAUUGACCACAUUGUGGAGCACACAAAGCGGGAAGCGGAGCAGAGCGAGACACAGGCGCAGCAAGUACAUCAAGUACUCCUAAUUGGACACUCGCAGGCUUUUAAUGCAUUUUUGGUGCUCUGCUCGCUGCAUCCGCGUUUCAAUCAACACAUCCUGCUCAUGCAGGCAAUGGCGCCCCUGGCCCGACUGCAUCGCCAGGUGCGCUUCGAUUCCGCACAGGUGCGAGUCAUAAUGAAGUUUGUCAAGAAACGCGAAAAGGCCAACAAAUUUGAACUAUUUCCACCUGGUGAGCUGCGUAAAUUGUGUUCUAAAAAGCGGGAGCUCUGUGAAUACUAUACCAAAAACUUAGCGGGCAGUGCAUUGAGCAAUAAACAGUUACUUGAUAUCUUUAGCUAUGAGCAUCUGCUGCAGGGUGGCUCUGCACGGGAGCUGCGACACUUGCAGCAGAUUUGGAAAUCGGGUGAUUUCAUUUCGUACGACUAUGGCCCCAUUGAGAAUAUGCAGAUCUAUCAUAGUGUCGAGGCACUUAACUAUAAUAUCAGCCAGAUCAGUGUGCCCAUCAUACUGUACUUCGGGGAAACGGAUGCAAUUGCCACGCCCGAGGGCGUGCAUGGCAUCUAUGCCAGAAUGUUGAACUCGGUGCGCAGCGUGCGGCGCAUUGCAUCCGCGAAGUUCAAUCAUUUUGAUUUCCUGGUGGCCGGCGAGGUCAAAACUCUGGUUAACGACAAACUGAUCGAGCUAAUGGAAAAGUUUCUCGAAGGCAAAUUGCCGUACAUAAUCGAAUGAGGCGUCAGCUUCGGUGGUGCUAAGUAAUUGGCUCCCCAAGCUGUCAUCAAAGGCGUCCAUUGAGGCUCAUUAAAAGCGCGAGCCAAGCGAAAUGUGUUUUAUUUGCCUUGGCAACCGGCCAAAUGUCCAAAUGUUCAAAUGGCCGAGUAGCAAUUAUGUAAUCGGUUCGUCUUUGACCAAACCAUAAAAAAAAAUCAAAUAAAAAACUGAAUACUAAAAGCAACAACAACGAAAU